UUCAGUUGUGUUGCUCUGUCCUCGUUUUCCUCUCAUUCACUUGGAAAUAAUCGCUGUAUUCCUCCCCAUUUCUGUCUCUGCUUCCUUUGUUUAGGCGGCUCAAUCUGUCCUCUCACUUUCUGUUUCCAACAAGAGACGAUAACUCUGCGUUUGUUUCUCUGAAAGCGCAGUAAUUGCUGCUCCUUCUCUUUGAGCACCAGAAGACUGAAGCUCCUCUGGAUCAGCAGCGUUUUGUAUGAGCUGGAUUUGCCUUUGUGUUCUCGAUAAAGGAGAAUUUUACCCCGCAACCUGGCGGCUUUAUUCUCUCCCCUGAGCAACAGUUGCUUGAAACUUUCACAGUGACCAAGACGAGGGAGGUCAAGCACAAAGCGUUGUUUGAGUCUGGAAUCUAACAGAAAAAAGACACUAAGGAGUAACUAUGGAGCGGACAGAAAAGGAAGGGCAUUGAAGUUUUGAGGGUCUCCAGGGAACCGUGUUGUUCUGUGUGACUUUGGAUGAAAGAAACAUAUCAAGAGGACAAGUUUUGUUGAGCUGAAACGCCUCCCGGAUUGGCCACUCUGGAGUAUUUUUAUGCUGUUUUCAACACUUUAAAAAUGGGCCUUCUGUCAAUUUUACUCCGUUGGAAGUAACAUUUUGCAAACUGUUGUGCAAGAGCUGCUUUGCCCCUUGAAGGAUGUAUUUUUGUGUAAAUUAGCGUUCCGAUUAUGUAAGAGCCUUCUGAAAGGCGUCUCAGGAUCCUGCUGUGCUUGUUUAUUUGACUUCGGUGCGUAGCGAUGCGAGGCUGUGAAGCGCCGAGCUGCCUCUCCGUCCUCGGAGCAGACAGGCACAGGAAGGGGCAGACAUGCGUUUCUAUGGCGAUGAGCGGCUGCAGUCCUUUCCCCUUGUGCUGGGACCGAGAAUAUGACAGACACCUAGCAGCGGCAGUCUCAGCAGGGAAAACCAUGGCAACAGCCUAUAUGGACCCCAACCUGAACAAUGCCUUCCUAGCAGGCGCCAAGUCUCGGCUGAGCGCAGGAGGAUCGGACCGCACCAUGGCUGGAUCCGUGGACAGGGUUCUGAAAGUCUUCCAUUACUUUGAGACCAACAUUGAACACAGCUUCUGGUCUUCCAACAUCAGAUACGGAGAUGCAACUGAUGUCAGGGGGAUCAUCCAGAAGAUUCUGGACAUCAACAAGGUCCGUUGGACGUCAUGUUUUGGCCUCCGACUCAGCAACAGUCAGUCCAGAGACCAAGUGCACUGGCUUCACCCGGAUAUGGGCGUGUCCCACAUCAGGGAGAAAUACGAACAGGCACGGCCCAAUGAGGAGUGGAGGUAUGAGCUAAGGAUCCGCUACCUCCCUAAAGGCUUCGUCCAGCAGUUUACAGAAGACAAACCUACACUCAACUACUUCUACCAUCAGGUGAAAAAUGACUACAUGACACAGUUUGGAGAUCAGGUGGAACAAGAUGUAGCGCUCAAGCUGGGCUGUCUGGAAAUCAGGAGGUUCUUCAAAGAGAUGAGAGGAAAUGCUCUGGACAAGAAGUCCAACUAUGAACUACUAGAGAAAGAUGUCGGUCUGCGGCGAUUUUUUCCUAAAGAUCUGCUAGACUCUGUCAAGGCUAAAACCCUCCGGAAGCUAAUCCAGCAAACAUUCAAGCAGGUGGCCAAUCUCAACGACGAGCAGUGCAUCCUCAAGUUCCUGGAGAUACUCGCACCGAUUGACCGCUACGACAAAGAGUUCUUUAAAUGUGCUCUGGGGUCCAGCUGGGUGAUUCAGGUAGAGUUAGCCAUCGGGCCAGAAGAAGGCAUCAGUUACCUCACUGAUAAGGGAUCAACGCCAACACAUUUAGCAAACUUUAACCAAGUCCAGUCCAUCCAGUACUCAGCUAUGGAGGAGAAAGACAGGAAAGGCAUGCUACAGCUGAAUGUAGCUGGAGCUGCUGAGCCUCUCACAGUUACAACAGCGUCGCUCACCACGGCGGAAAACUUGGCUGAUUUGAUUGAUGGCUACUGUCGGCUUGCCUCCAUGGAAACGCACUCGUUCAUUGUCAGAGUACAGAAAGAGGGAGAGAGAGCUCUGCCUUCCAUCCCAAAAGUUUCCAACAAUGAGAAAAAGUUAGAGGCAGUCCGGAGCGGAGUAAGAGCAAUCUCUGUUUCUGAUCUAGCGACAUCGACGUCCCCCAAGCCAACCAAGGCUCGGCGUUUCCUCCUCCCCUUUGUCUUCUGUUCAGACUCGCCACCCAAUGAAGACCUUAGCGGGGACGAGACCGACGACUAUGCAGAGAUAGUUGAUGAAGAGGAUACGUACACCAUGCCCUCAAUGAGCUAUGGAGUAGUUGAAGCACGGGAUUAUGAGAUCCAGAGAGACAGGAUAGAGUUGGGUCGCUGCAUCGGAGAGGGUCAGUUUGGCGACGUUCACCAAGGAGUCUACAACUGCCCGGACAAGCCCCCUCUACCUGUUGCCAUCAAAACCUGCAAAAACUGCACCACAGACAGCGUCAGAGAGAAGUUCCUUCAAGAAGCCUUAACGAUGCGUCAGUUCGACCACCCUCACAUCGUUAAACUGAUCGGUGUGAUCACAGAGAACCCGGUGUGGAUCAUCAUGGAGCUCUGCACGCUCGGAGAGCUGCGGUCGUUCCUUCAGGUGAAGAAGUACAGCCUGGACUUGGCCACCCUCAUUCUGUUUUCCUACCAGCUCAGUACAGCACUGGCCUACCUGGAGAGCAAACGCUUUGUGCACAGAGAUAUUGCAGCACGUAAUGUGUUGGUCUCGUCUGUGGACUGCGUGAUGCUGGGAGACUUUGGUCUGUCUCGAUACAUGGAGGACAGCUCUUACUACAAAGCUUCCAAAGGUAAACUUCCUAUCAAAUGGAUGGCACCAGAAUCUAUCAACUUCAGGAGAUUCACUUCUGCUAGUGACGUUUGGAUGUUUGGAGUGUGUAUGUGGGAGAUUUUAAUGUACGGCAUCAAGCCUUUCCAGGGGGUGAAGAACAACGAUGUGAUUGGCAGGAUAGAGAACGGGGAGCGGCUGGCCAUGCCUCCCCAGUGUCCACCCACCCUCUACAGCCUGAUGACCAAAUGUUGGUCGUACGACCCCAGCAAGAGGCCACGCUUCACUGAACUCAAAACACAACUCAGUGCUAUACUGGAGGAGGAGAAGGGUUUACAAGAGGAGAGACUGAGAGAGGAGAUGAGGAGGCAGGUCACUGUUUCCUGGGACUCUGGAGGUUCAGAUGAAGCUCCACCUAAACCCAGUCGACCAGGCUAUCCCAGUCCUCGCAUCAGUGGAAGCUUCUUUUCCACCUCCCAACACAACCCCUUCCAGCCAUCGCCUGGUGGUGUUGGAGGAGUAGGAGGCAACUAUUCCCCUUCUGAUUUGUGGAAUCAGCUCAGACCUGAACAUGCACCACUGUGGAACCCAAAUAUGGAGGAGAGACUGGAUGUGAACCAGGCUCUGAUGGAGGAGACGCUGAUAAAGCAGCAGCAGGAGAUGGAGGAAGACCAGCGGUGGCUGGAGCAGGAGGAGAGCCACAUGAAACCAGAGUCCAGGAACAGCAGAGGCAGCAUUGACAGAGAAGACGGCACUCUGCAGGCACCGGGAGGAAGUCAACAUAUCUACCAGCCUGUCGGGAAACCAGAGCAUGUAGCCCCUCCCAAGAAGCCGCCCCGUCCUGGAGCUCCUCUCACCAACCUGGCCAAUCUGAGCCCAGUGGACAGCUACAACGAUGGAGUCAAGCUCCAGCCCCAGGAGAUCAGCCCACCCCCCACUGCCAACUUGGACCGCUCUAAUGACAAAGUGUAUGAGAAUGUGACGGGGCUGGUUAAAGCCGUGAUCGAAAUGUCCAACAGGAUCCAGCCUGCUGCGCCAGAGGAGUACGUCCCCAUGGUCAAGGAUGUGGGUCUGGCUCUGAGAACUCUCCUGGCAACAGUGGAUGAAACGAUUCCUGUGCUGCCAGCCAGCACACACAGAGAGAUUGAAAUGGCCCAAAAGCUGCUGAAUUCUGACUUGGCCGAGUUAAUAUCAAAGAUGAAACUGGCACAACAAUACGUCAUGACGAGUUUACAAAAGGACUACAAGAAACAGAUGCUAAUGGCAGCUCAUGCUCUGGCGGUUGAUGCCAAGAACCUGCUGGACGUCAUCGACCAAUCACGACUCAAGAUGAUCAGCCAGAUCCGCCCACAGUAGUUCUGGACCCAGGCACUCCAAAGAGCACCGUGGAGGCCAGCGGACCCGUACACGGACUGUUCGUUGGAUAUCUGCGACGGAUAGAUGAAAACAAGGGACUAAUGUGUGGACAGCAGACAUGACUGAAACAAUCAGCCCUCAUUUUCUCCUCUGAAAAACCUCCACAGCUUCCCUUCUUCCUGGAAACGCUUGCGUUUUGGUCCAUUUUUGUAUUUUCUACGUUGUUUGCUCGUGUAUCCAGAGAAACACUUUCAGCGAUCAGAAAAGCAAAGGAAAACAAAGGAUUUGAAGGAAAAAAAGUGGAACUGAAGCCAUGUUGAAAAGGACAAUGAAGAUGUUUUGUAAUAUUUUAAAUGUGCUUUUGUAACUAUGUUGAUGUUGUCAUCUGCCUUGAUCAUUGCAGUAUGUCCGUUAGAUCUCCAGUCUUCCUUAUGAACGAUAUAUGAGUAAUAAUUUACAGUCCACUAAAGUCAUAACAUCUCAUUUCCUCUGCCUCUUAAGAUUGCUUUGUCUCAGGUGGCAUGACAGAUGGUUUGUUUUUAUUUUUUAUAGCAACAGUUUUUGGGGGGGUUUUUCUUAGCGAAAAAUUUUUUAAAAACUGCUACCUUACACUGUUUAACUUAACAUAAAUUCUAAUAUACGAAGAAGGUUUAUAUUUAACAAUAAAUCUGAGUUAUGAACUGCAAGGAAACUUGGAGAGAGGAGACUGAGGGCGGAGCGGAGGGACAGGCAGAGAAGAGACUGUAGGACUUCCUGAGCCACAUGUUUGUGAUUUGACUGACGAGGGCCGCGUCAUUUUCAAGCCUUGAUGAUGUUAAGAAUUUCAAACAAACUAAAAUGAUCUACAGUCCUCUUGCUAACAUGAAGUAUGCAUCGCUAAAUCAAUGAAUUACUGUUUUGAGUUGUUUUAUGUAGCAGAAAUGUUUCCAGUUUUGGAAAAACUGUUUUUCUCAACAUGAAUCAUUAUUAUCAUUAUAACUGGCCAGAGAGCUUAACUAAAAAUACAAUGUUGUGAAAAUAAAAUCCCCUCAUGGUUGCCCUGUUUCUCUCCCUCUCCACACUGGAGUUGUUUUUGUCUCUUUCUCUUGUUUUGCAUCUUUAUUUCUUUGUUACCAAUCCAGUUCUUUAGUUCCUCAUUUCUUCCCUCUCCCCUGUGCUGAGCAGUUUUCUCAGGAAGGAGACACUUGUAUAGUUGCUAAACUAAGCAAAUAAAACACUACUAUUAUUAUUAUCAAGAA